UACUGCUUGAAUAAUAAAUGUCCUAAUUAUUUUUUUGCAUUUCCUCGUGCAAGCGACACCGGAAAAGAAACUUUGAACCCCGGAGUUUCGACCAAUCAGAGAGAUGCGAGCUGCCGGUGGUAUGAACAGCUGCCUCAGAUUGUUUACUGCUAUGAAAGGACACUGAGUGAAGAGACAUGAGUGCGAGGAGGAGAGGUGGGAAGCCAAACAGAGGAGGGGGGAGAUUUAACAAGCCAAGAGGAGGUGGUGGAGGCGGUGGCGGUGGAGGUCGGAAAGGAGCUGCUGGUGGUCACUGGGAUGACGAUGAUGAUUUCAGCCUUAAUUUUGCACCCGCUCGUCCCAGCAGACCUGGCAGAGGACGUGGCGGUGGUGGUGGGGGCAGCCAUUCAGGUGGAGGUGGAGGAAGAGGAGGAAGAGGAGGGGGAGGAAGAGGAGGGGGAGGAAGAGGAGGAGAUCGAGCCAGGGAUAGCAGAGGUGGUGGGCGAGGCAGCGGCAAGGUUCUUCCAAGGUCCCUGGCAAGGCCCAGUACAUGCUCAAAGUCAGGUGACGGCAUCAGGCCGGAGGUGAACACCUUGCCCAUGCAGAGGAUACUCAUGACUAAUGAGAACCAAGAGCAACUCAAGGAGCUGCUGCGGGAUCUGCAGUCUCAGGACUUCGAUGAGCCAUAUGAUGAGUCCGAUUCAGAUUAUUCGGGGGGAGAACAAGAUGAGGAGGAAGUUGAUGAGUUGGAUCACCGCGAGGAAGGCCAGUUUUGGGAAACAAAUGACGAGCCUGUGGAGAGGGCAGAGAGCCCAGCAUAUGAACUGUAUGAGUCUGGUGAUGAAGGGCCCACUCCUGAACCUGUCAUCUCAUUGUUUGCUAUAGGAAAACUCAGCAGGUAUGGGUUUGACAGGGAGCGCAGCAAGCAGGCACUUGAGUCUGGUGGAGGGGAAUUCGGGGCCACUUUAGAACAACUGCUCCUCCAGAUUUUCAGCGAGCGCUACGGCCAGAAAGCCAUUUCUUCUGAUGGCCUUGAGGGGGUACCUAUGGACGAGUGUUUGAGCCAGAGGCAGGAAGAGGCUCUGGCUCUAACUGCUAUUUACGGUGAGCGCUUCAGUGAGCGCAUUGCAAACGCAGUCUGGACAGUUACCCUGGACCUCUCGUUCCUUGCAGACAGUGCCUCCAGGAAUGGCCGGCAUGUUGGGAAUCGAGGUGGCGGUGGAGGAGUUGCAAGCAUUCAUGGUGUGUGCAAAUUCUACAUGAAAGGACAAGGCUGCCGGUUUGGGGACAAAUGCAAAUUCAAGCACCAGCUCCCCACAAAAGGGCGAUCUGGGGCUGGUUCCCCAGACCCCAUGGGCCCGAGCCAGCCCGGCUUCAGCAGCUUUGCUCCUCCCGAGUAUGAAUUAGAAAUCCGUUUCCCCAAAGGAAACCGAUACCCGUUUCAGGCCCCAAUAGUCGCCUUCAGCACCACCGAUGAGUCUGUCGGAGCUGCAGGGAGGCUCAGUGUGACUGAAAGAUUGUUUGGAGAAGCGUUGGCUGCAGCAAAGUGCAAUGAGCCUGUUGUUUACACUCUGAUUACCAUAUGUGAGGAUGACACUACUAUGAAUGAACUGCUGGCUGUUAGUCAUCACAAAUACAGCACGCCACCGCCUGUCGUGGGUCCUCCACCAUUGCUUGCUCUAGCAAAGAGCAAGAGUGUGAAGAGCAGUACUUCUGAGGAGAGCAGGAGUAGUAGUGCUAGCAGCAGUAAUCACACCACCAGCAGAAGGACUGCUCCACCCAUCAACCAGAGACCUGUAGAUUUGAAAGAAACGGCAGAGGCAGAGGAGCUGGAUGAAAGGGAUGAUGAAGACGAGGAUGAGGCCGUCCCAGUUGAGAGUGAGAGUUAUGUCAAUUUGCGGAAGAAGAUGGUGACUAAGCACAGCAUGAAGAUGGACAACCUUUUGCAAGAAAACGGCAAGCUGUGUCGAGAAUUUCAAAAGAAACAGUCAUCCAGGCGUUUCAGGUCCAUGUUGGAGCAAAGGAGGAAACUGCCGGCUUGGCAAGAAAAAGAAAACAUCCUCGAUCUAUUAGACCGGUGCCAGGUGCUGGUGGUCAGUGGGAUGACAGGAUGUGGUAAGACCACUCAGAUCCCUCAGUUCAUUCUGGACGCCUCGUUAACCGGCCGAGCGGACGACGUGGCCAACAUCAUCUGCACUCAGCCACGCCGCAUCUCUGCCAUCUCUGUGGCCCAGAGAGUGGCACAGGAGCGAGCAGAGUGUCUGGGCAACUCAGUGGGCUACCAGAUCCGCCUGGAGACUGUCAGGACAUCUGCUACCAGGCUGCUGUACUGCACCACAGGUGUGUUACUCAGGAGACUGGAGGGUGAAGCGGACCUCACAGGUGUCACACACGUUAUUGUGGAUGAGGUGCACGAGCGAACGGAGGAGAGCGACUUCCUGCUGUUGGUAUUAAAAGACCUUAUUGUGCAGAGGCCUGACCUGAAGAUCAUUCUAAUGAGUGCCACGCUUAAUGCCAACCUCUUCUCUGAGUACUUUUACAACUGUCCUGCUAUCCACAUACCAGGACGUACUUUCCCUGUCGACCAGUUUUUCCUUGAAGAUGCCAUCGCUAAAGCCCGCUACGUCAUUGAGGAUGGCAGUCCUUACAUGCGCUCAGGGAAACAGAAUUCGUCUUCCACAAGUGGCCGGGGAGGCAGAGUAGAGCCGAGGGACAUGGUGGACGACUUAGGCGAUGACAUGUGGAACUUCAUGUCUUUCUGUAAGAAGGACUUUGUCAAAGACUCUGUUCCAGACCAACAGCUCAGCCUGCAGGAGCUCACAGUCAGAUACAAAGACACCAAGAAGUCUGUGCUUAAGACCAUCGCUGCAAUGGACCUGGACAAGAUCAACAUGGAUCUGGUGGAGAGCUUGCUGGAGUGGAUUGUAGAUGGAAAACACGACUACCCUUCAGGUGCGGUGCUCGUGUUUCUGCCAGGCCUGGCUGAGAUCAAGAUGCUCUACGAGCAGCUCAUGUCCAACAGAAUGUUUAACAACAGGGGAGCCACCAGGUGUGAGGUGUAUCCACUCCACUCCACCUUGUCCAAUGAGGAGCAGCAGGCAGUUUUCAACCGGCCCCAGGAAGGCGUCACAAAGAUUAUCAUCUCCACAAACAUCGCUGAGACCUCGGUAACUAUUGACGACGUCGUAUAUGUCAUCGACUCCGGCAAGAUGAAGGAGAAAAGGUACGAUGCGUCUAAAAGCAUGGAGAGCCUGGAGGACUCGUGGGUGUCUCGAGCCAACGCGCUGCAGAGGAAGGGUCGAGCGGGUCGCGUGGCCUCGGGCGUCUGCUUCCACCUCUUCACCAGCCACUGCUUCCAACACCAUCUGGCUGAGCAACAGCUGCCUGAGAUCCAGAGAGUGCCUCUGGAGCAGCUCUGCCUCCGAAUCAAGAUCCUGGACGUUUUUGCUGAGCAGACGCUGGAGUCUGUCUUCUCUCGGCUCAUCGAGCCCCCGGCUAUGGGAAGCUUGGACGCGGCCAAGCAGCGUCUGCGGGACCUGGGCGCCCUGACUGCAGAUGAGAAGCUGACCCCGCUGGGCUACCACCUGGCCUGCCUGCCCGUCGACGUGCGCAUUGGGAAACUCAUGCUGUUUGGUGCCAUCUUUCGCUGCCUCGACCCAGCGCUCACCAUCGCUGCCAGUCUGGCCUUCAAAUCACCAUUCGUGUCUCCAUGGGACAAACGGGAUGAAGCCAAUGAGAAGAAACAAGCCUUUGCCUUGGCCAGUAGUGACCAUCUAGCUUUGUUACAGGCAUACAAGGGAUGGUGCUGUGCUGCAAAGAAUGGCCACCAGGCCGGCUACCUUUACUGCAGGGAGAACUUCCUGUCUUGGCGAGGCUUACAGGAGAUUGCCAGUCUCAAGAGGCAGUUUGCUGAGCUGUUGUCCGACAUCGGCUUCAUCAAAGAGGGACUGAGGGCCAGGAUUAUAGAACGCACAAGCUCUAAAGGCACGGAUGGUGUUCUGGAGGCGACUGGCCGGGAGGCUAACUUGAAUGCUGAAAACAUCCGGCUGAUGUCUGCCAUGCUUUGUGCUGCCCUCUAUCCUAAUGUGGUCCAGGUUCGUGCUCCUCAGGGGAAUUACAAGAUGACCAGCAAAGGAGCGAUGAAAAUGCAGCCCAAAGCCAGCGAGCUCCGCUUCAUGACCAAGGACGACGGCUGUGUCCACGUGCACCCCUCGUCUGUCAACUACACGGUCCGCCACUACGACAGCCCCUACCUCGUUUACCACGAGAAGGUGAAAACAAGCCGCGUCUUCAUCAGGGACUGCAGCAUGGUGUCCGUGUACCCGCUGGUGUUGUUCGGAGGCGGGCAGGUAAACAUGGAGCUGCACAAGGGAGAGUUCGUCAUCUCGCUCGACGAUGGUUGGAUCCGGUUCGCUGCCGCCUCUCAUCAGGUGGCUGAGCUGGUGAAGGAGUUGCGCUGGGAACUGGACCAGCUGCUGGAGGACAAAAUCAGGAACCCAAGCAUGGACCUGUGCAGCUGCCCCCGCGGCUCCCGCAUCAUCCACAUGAUCGUGCACCUCAUCUCUACCCAGUAGCUCUGCUACUUAACGCCCACUUUUCACCCCUUUAGUCACCCUCAAGGGCUUAAAUGCAUGGAGGUUUGCAGUGAAAAUGUCGUUCUGCUCCUGCAUCACUGCCACAAAGUGAAUUUAAUAUCAUGUCGCUCCAUUAGUUAGAGAAGUACGGGUCAACAACCACGAGCCUGGUUAUUAUUUGUGUUGUAUCGAGAUCACCAGGGCAGAUAUCGGACUUGAAAUGAAUUCCUGUGGUUGGAGUCGAUCACCACACAAGCCUGCUGCCACCAGACAAUUCAGCGUCAGUUUACACGAAAAACAAAGCUAUUGUGACGCUGCACUCGAGGCUUUUCAAAGCAAAAAAAUGCCUUCAAAGAGAAAAAUGGCUCUAUGCAGGUGCUCCACCAAACCUCCAUCAUUGUUAUCGCUGGAAUGAAGCGCUUCUCUUCACAGGUGUUAUUGUGACAACAAUAGAGCUUUUGGAUGCCACACUACUACUGCAUGUGCAGUAAAAUUACCGCACACCUGAUUGUGGAAUUUUGAUGUCAUUUGAAUACAGUGCAUAUUUAUUUUGGGUUGUGCGUGUCUCGCUCACAACUGACAAGUUCCUUGGGUCCAUAUUGGAUUUUCUUCUUAUUCUCACAGUGGCUGCACACUUGUUACGGUUGUGAAUAUUUUCUUUAUAUUGCAUGACUGAGAAAUCCAAGAGCUUCUGCAUGGUAUCUGGUAGUUUUACAUUUACUGAAUGUAUUUAAAUGUCACAGUGAUGUCAAAAAACCUGCAUUUUCACAAUGUGGGAAUGCAAGGGCUUUUUAAAAUCUGGAGAAUUUGGUGAGAAUUGCCAAAGAAUUUGAAAGCUUUUUGUCUUAAAAAGUGAUGAAUUCCACUGCACUCAAAAUAAAAAAGCAAAAGACUGA